CUGGUAGUAUCGAAGUAGUGUUGGUAAACGAAUACAUUGUACUGUACUGUAUUUGUGGAUAUAAAUAAUUACAGAAUUGAUGAUUUUGCAUGUAUUCGUGAUUGUACUGCGUAGUAACCACUCGUUUUGAUGUUCAUUUGAUUGUGGUGUUCGAGUUCUUUAUUUCAUUUUAUUACAUCUCUAUUGUGACCAUUGGAAUCGUUUUUAGUUUUGGGCUGUAACCAUUAUUCAAGAUGAAGCUGUGCGCAUUAUUUUUCUGCUCUUUCUACGUCUUAUGCACUGUUAACGCUGUUUCGUUUACGGAUUUGGUCGCUGAAGAAUGGGAUUUGUUCAAGACGCAGUUUUCGAAAGCCUACAAUUCAGAAAUUGAAGACAAAUUCCGACUCAAGGUGUUCAUGGAUAAUAAACAUAAGAUCGCCAAUCACAACAAAAGAUUCCGUAAUGGCGAAGUAUCCUUCGAAAUGGAAAUGAAUCAUUUCGGCGACUUGCUGCAUCAUGAAUUUGUCAAAACUGUCAACGGUUAUAAACAUAAUUUGAGAAGAGUGAUGGGCGAUGAAAACGACGCCCUUACGUAUAUCGCACCUUUCAACGUUACCGCUCCCGAUACCAUCGACUGGAGAACCCAAGGAGCUGUCACCGAAGUCAAAAAUCAAGGACAAUGCGGAUCAUGCUGGGCUUUCAGCUCCACUGGUGCAUUGGAAGGACAACAUUUCAGAAGCACCGGUAAAUUAGUAUCACUCAGCGAACAAAAUCUAGUCGAUUGCUCCGGCAAGUACGGAAAUAACGGAUGCGAAGGAGGUUUAAUGGAUAAUGCUUUCACUUACGUCAAAGACAACAAAGGUAUCGAUACCGAAAAAUCAUACCCCUACGAAGCGCAAGACGACAAAUGCAGAUACAAUCCUAAGCAAUCUGGUGCCACUGAUAAGGGUUUCGUCGAUAUUCCCGAAGGAGAUGAAGCGAAAUUGAAGUUGGCCGUAGCUACAGUGGGACCGGUAGCCGUUGCCAUUGACGCUGGUCACGAUUCUUUCCAAUUUUACAAACGAGGAGUAUAUUUCGAAAAACAAUGCGGUAAUCAACCCGACGAAUUAGACCACGGUGUAUUGGUAGUAGGCUAUGGCACAGAAAGCGGAAAAGACUUCUGGUUGGUGAAGAACUCUUGGGGCAAAUCGUGGGGUUUAGAAGGUUACAUUAAAAUGGCCCGUAAUAAGAAAAAUCAUUGCGGUAUCGCCACCAGCGCCAGUUAUCCGGUAGUUUAAUGAAAUACCAUUUCUUUUAAAUCUAGUUCCUCCUUUUUAUUCUCUUUUGUGAUGUGAUCGGAACUCGAAAAAUUCUUACUCCGCCUGUACAUUAUGCGUAAUGUUUACUUUACUCCCGAGUGCAUUUUUUUUUUUUGUACCCUCUUACGUGCCUAUAUCUAAUGUAUUCUAAGCAAUUUAUUUACGGCUAGGUAAUAUGUAUUAUGAUUAAUUUUUUUCGAAUUGUGAUAUUAUUACUCGUACUUUUCUUAUUCUUAUAGAACGAUCAAUUUACGCGAUUCGUUGUUUUAAUCAAAAUUGAGAUUCAAUAUACUAUCGAUAUAUUUUUUUAA